AUGACUCGGAACGACGGAGACGUUAGCGAAGAAGUGCUCGUAGUGCUCGCCGACGACGACUCAGAUGGAGUAGCUGAGGUUUCUGCAUCGCUUGUCGAACUGGAGGACACAGGGGUGAAAGGAGCAGAAGCUGAGGGUAAAGUCGAGCUUGAGAUUGUGAUUGGGAUUCCGGCGGUUGAGCUGACUGAGGAUGUCGGUAAGCUCGAAGAAGAUGCUUCCGAACUUGGAGCCAAACUCGCUGGAUCAAUCGGUUGGCUCGAAGAUAGAGACAGCACGGUCGAAGUUGACGACGAGGAGAGUGAUGGACUAGAUGUGGCCUCAGCUGAGCUUUCGGAACUGGGUGCAGGCGAAGAGCUUGGAUAUGAUCUUGUCGAGGAAAGGGAAGACGUCGAACCAGUAGUUGUCGAUUCUAUGGACGUUGAGACAAGACUGGCGGGGUCAAUUGUUGGAGAAAAAGAUGGAGACAUAGACGUAGUGACCGAUGAGGAAACAGAUAUAACGUCUGUAGCUUCCUCAAAGCUUGAUUGGGGAGCUGAAGAGGUUGAUUCGACAGUAGAAGUGCUGGUCAAUAGCGAUAUGGAGGAUCCAGUGGAACUAGCGGUAGAGCUUGAUGACGUCAGAGAAUCGCUCUCGGAAGAAAUAGAAGUUGUCGAACUCAAAAGUUGA